AUGGGACUUUGCAAGUGCCCGAAACGAAAGGUUACCAAUUUAUUUUGCUAUGAACAUCGAGUAAAUGUAUGCGAAUUUUGCUUAGUUGAUAACCAUCCUAAUGUGAGUUUUUUUCUCGUUGAAAAUUGAAAUUAGGAAAAAGGUAAUUUUUAGUGCGUUGUUCAAAGUUACCUUGCAUGGUUAACCGAUUCCGAUUACGAUCCAAAUUGUGCACUUUGUCAAACACCAUUGAAUUCUGGCGAAACUAUACGUCUGAACUGUCUUCGUAAGUUCGAUAAUUUUUCAAGUUAAAAAUAUCCUAAAUUUUCCCAGAUCUUCUUCACUGGAAAUGUUUCGAUGAUUGGGCUGCAGCAUUUCCAAAUACAACAGCUCCAGCAGGUUAUCGUUGUCCAUGUUGUAGUAAAGAAGUAUUUCCACCACUCAAUGAAGUUUCUCCACUCGUUGAAAAACUUCGAGAGCAGUUGAAAUUAUCAAAUUGGGCUCGAGCAGCUUUAGGUCUUCCAGUUUUACCGGAAUUGAAUCGUCCAAUCACAAAAACUUUUGAUAAACCGAUUCCUCCACCAAUUGUGAAUAAACCAGUGGAAAAUGUUGGAGCUGUUGCUCAUCAAACUCAACGAUCAAUAACUCCCGCAACACAUUUAGAUAUGGAAGAUUCUGCAUCUUUUUCUGUUUCUUCAAGUGAUGUUACUUUUUGUAAGUUUACUUGUAAACAUUCAUUCUGAUGUUUAUUUAUAAAUUUUAGCACGUAAAAAGAAUUUGGGAGAUACUCGUCCAUUGUUACAAAAUGAUAAUCGCGAUGCAGACAAUGAAGCAAAUAAAUAUAAACGUAGACCAGCUGGAGAAUGGAUUCGUGGAUUGUGGAGAGCAAAAUAUGGUCCUGGAGUACCAGAAGAUGGUUUGAGUGGAAGAAAGAAAUUGGUUUUUGUAGUUUUCAUUGCAUUUGUUUCAUUGGUUACUGUGAGUUUAUUCUAGAAUUCUUUAAUUAAUUUCUUCGGUAAAUUGAAAAAAAAACAAAUAUAAAACCUUCUAAAUUUUUGUAGAUUUAUCUUGUUCUCAAACGACUUGGUGUAAAUAAUGACAACGAUCCAAUGUUUGACCCAUUAUCAAAUCCAAACAUCAGAGUUGCUUCGAACAAUGAAUAA